CGCCGCCCUCGAUUUUUUUGUUUGAUUUUCUGUUUUUGGCGCCAUGAUACCAACCCGCUUCCCCGCCUCUCUUUCCUCUCGCUCUGGCUCGCUCGACCAACUCUUGCGGAUCGAACGACCGGACGCCAUGGUACGAACGGGUGCACUAUCGGCAACACCAUCCCUGCUGGACCUUGUUGGGCAUUGCCGAAUAUCGCUGCCGUUCGGGCUGCAGCGCACCAUCCGGGGGAAGAGAACGUUCUCGCAAUGGCUCUUGAACAUGGACGACGACGAAGAAUGGACCCAUGUCCAAUACGGCAGUCGUGCGGGCUCGUGCGCCAGCUUCAUCGUUCGCCGCAUCAACUUUUGUGUACUUGCCAAGACAAUCAUCUUCAUCGUCAUCGCAUCAUGGAUGGUCCUGCUGAUAUGGCAGCUCUCGUACCUGCACGCCGGUGCAUACCCUGACUCGGAUUCGUCGUGAGCAGCGACCGCAUCCCAAGUAACCCUGUCGAGACCAACGGACGGAUCCGAUAUCCACCCCCACGCUCUUGCCCACACCUUGGUCCUGUCCGCCGACUUGGUGCCGCUCCCACCGCAUUCCCGCCCGCCCGCACCGGCCAAGACCCAGACCCAGACACAGCGGUUCACUUUGCAUUCAUACCUAGGCUGGCCCAACGUGCAUCUUUACAAUCCCCCUCCCUCUGUAUCAUACUCUCCAUAGUUCAAAAUAAGCUCAUCCGCGGUGCGGGUCUCUCCCUGUUGUACUGGUGUUGCUACGGAAUGGCUCGGCUCGGCUCGGCUCGGCUGCCCAUUCAAGACGGUCGAUUUGCGCGAUCCACACUGCCCCGUCUUCCGCCUGGG